AUGCUCGAAUGCGCCAGCUGCGCAGACAAAUAUGAUGAACAAUGCACAGGUCUAGACCUUAAAGACUUAAAUGCGGCCCAAAUAUCAGCGUGGACAUGCCCUAAAUGCUGCAACAAACGACCCAAAGGUGACAACAGUAAUACACCGGUUCGCAGAGAUUGUGAGCCCAUAAACAACAUAACUAUGCGAAAACGGCCCGCUGGGCCCGCUGGCGAGCAAUCCGCCUUACCAUUGUCUCGCGACGAGAUUACGGAAAUAGUGCGGCAAGAAAUUCGCAGUGCUAUAAAAGACUGCAUGAAAGACACUAUUAGGACCUGCAUAGCGGAACAAUAUAAGGAUAUAAAAGAACAAGUGGACGAGCUCGAAGCUUCAGUGAAAUUUAUGGACCAGAAGUAUGAGGACUUUAAGAGUGAUAUAGCAAAUGUUAAAUCCCUAUCCAAGGAAAACGCCCAACUUAAAUCCACCGUAUCAGAGUUAAGUAACCGCUUAAACCAAAUGGAACAACUCACCCGCGCCAGUAAUAUGGAAAUACAUUGUGUCCCAGAACACAACAGAGAAAAUCUUCUACUUCUCGUGCAGCAACUUGGAACGGUCGUCAACCACCCAGUCCAGCAACAUGAAAUAAUUCAGUGCAGCCGCAUCGCAAAAGUGAACCCCAACAACCCGCGGCCUCGAUCCAUCUUAGUAAAAUUUUCAUCACCCCGAAUCAGAGACAAUUUCUUGGCUGCUAGUCGCAAAUAUAACAAAGAACACUCCCGUGAAAAAUUAAAUACGAGUCACCUCGGAAUAGCCGAACAAAACGUACAAAACAUAUACGUCGCGGAGCACCUGUCGAAGGAGACGAAGGUCCUGCACACGGCGGCCAGGCUGCGGGCCAGAGAAGUCGGCUACGAAAUAGUCUGGGUCAAGCACGGACGAGUGUAUGUACGCAAAUCAGAAGGAACACAACAUAUUUGGGUGAAGGACACGGAAGCGCUGAAAAACAUUAAAUAG